AUGUACCAACAAGCCAGUCUGGCUCCGUCGGUUGAUCCGGUUGAUCCGAUAUGGAUCAAAUCUAUGAUUUUUCCAGCUAUGAGCGCAGCUUCAACCUGGGUAGGCAGUAUCCUCGUCACGGCUAUAAAUGGGAACUACCAUUUCAGUAUAAGGGCAUCCAUAAAAUAUGAUGCUGCUAGUAAAAAAAUUUUAGAAUGGGGCGAUGAAUGUGGCAUAAAAAAUUUGACUAGCAAAAAUCAUGUAAACAUGGUCUAUGUAAAAAACGUUUUUAUGGAGCUGAAUAAUAUUUAUAUACGUGGAGAAAAUAAUGGAAUAUUUAAACAUGAUAAAGGAGACGAAAUAUUAUUGCACGCAAUGGAGGUGUUUUUGCGGGAAGCAGUAAAAAUGUAUACGUGUGAUGAUGGUGGAAAUGCUAGGCGAUGUUUUUUUUCUUUGAUUAUCCCGACUAAUUGGGAGUAUGGCAUAAGACAAGCAUUGAUUUGGCCACUGUUUGUCCGAGCGGGACUUGUUUCUGAAUAUGAUGAUAAAAGGAGAUUGAUGAUUUUCACCAAACUCGAAGCACUUGUUCAGUUUGUAAAACGAAAUCAACCUGAAGAACGUAGGAGUAGAUACUCAGUAACUCCCAAGUUGGAGAUAGGCAGAGAAUACAUACUAUAUAAUCUUCACUUCACAUCAAAACAGUUACUAGUAAAUUUCGAUUUAUUUUCUGUUUACUGCUCGAUGAAUAAUGUAAAAACAGAAGAUUAUGUCCCGAAAUCACUCAAGUCGCUUUGUUUCAAUAUCCCUUUCAAUAUCAAUGUGGAAAAGAGUAUUCAACGCUUACUUCAAGUGAGAGGUUUCGACAUUCAAUUAACCGAAACAAAAGAAAUAUUAGAUAUAUUGUUUGUUCCCAAUGAAGAUAUAGCUCAAGAUACAGACAAACAUGUUCGUAUACAAAUGUCCCGACCAUUUGAAGAUGUUGUUAAUAUAUGGAAGUUGAGCAACAAUACGGUCAAAAGUAUACAGUCAAUAACUAUGUAUGAUGUUCAUACAGAUUUGUUCAAUUUAAUACAAAAAGAAUUCUCGUCCAACCUGAAGGUUUUAUUAGAAGGUGCUACUAAUAAGAAGCGCUCAACAAUAAGGAGAGUAACUUGGUCAGAAAGUAUUUGGAUGGCGAAGUCUAAUGCUAAAAUACGCCUUGGUUUAGAAGCAAGAAUGAUACAUGGGUGGCUAAAUAUGCCAUUAAAACAUUCGUGCGAAUAUCAAACUCGUCACUUUAUAGACAAAGUGUUCGAACCUUGUUACUUAGCUCCUUAUGAUUUAGGAUUUGGUCACAUAGAUUUGACCGUGACAGAAAUAUAUUCGUCAAUUAUGAACAGGCCACCAACUGUGAUGUCUCGGUAUAACUUAAAAGACACAAUAAUUUCGACAAUGUCAAGAUUUGAAGACUCAGAGCCUGACUGUGUUGUUAACAUAAAUACAUCCUUUGAAAGUGUUAAUGGCUCCUAUUCAAACCAAUUUGUUGAUGCUUGCAUUUUGUUCGACAAUAUGUGCCAUAUGCAGCCUUUGAACAAUUAUUUUGUGCGAAUGUCUAUGUACCAAGGUCCAAUACUUUGUAUUACAAACAAGAUGAAAAUAUACAUGGAUAGCAACUUUCAAGAGUAUUUUAGACUUUUUUCGAAAUAUAAUAACAGAUGGUAUCGAAAGAAAAAGACUAAACAAAACAAGAAAAUAACUGGAUCAAAGACCAAAAAAUACAAUCAAAUCAUAUUCCCUUGUCGAUUAAUCGCAAUUAUUACACGCAGGGUAAAAAUUUUCCAGGAGAGCAGCCUGGAUCCACAACCGAUCACGUAUAGACCAAUGAUGGAUGCUUUGACGGCUAUUGGGAUGAAGAUAAAGAAAUGCAUUUAUAAUCAUGAACUGGAUGAUUUUUUUGAAAAGCCAAAUACUCCCGAACAUUGUGUGUUUACUGAUCAGAAAAAAUACAUACGACUCUUUUUGAUGAUGUAUUGGGGAUACAUUAAUGGCCAGAUCGCUUGCAGAUUACAAGAACACCCUCAGGAAAAUUUAGAAAAACUUAAAAUUGGGUACUUUAUAUCCAUAGAAAAACCAUUAAUGGAUUAUGUUUAUGGAUCCAAAGAAAACUUUCAAAAAAUCUUAUUAGGGAGCGGUAUCCUUCAAGAAAGAAAUGAAACCAUAAAAGCUCGUAUUGUUACUCCAGAAGAAAUAGAAAUUUUGUCCAUUGUACAGCAAAAAUUUAACUUAAAUCUUCCUCUCAAGUCUUAUUUUCUCUUGGCUCAAUUGCACGAUACUUACAUUCAGCUCACGUUAAAACAAGUUGUUCAAAUUUCAUCAAGUGAAAAAGACGCGUCUUCGAUCUUACUCGAUACUAGAAUUAUCAAAAUUGAUAGUAUUGAUGAUACUGUAUGUAAAUACUUUUGGAAACAUGUUAAAUUCAAUUUUACCAAAAAUAUGUCCAUGUCACACAACAAAACAAGCAGAAAUUGCUGUGAUAUUAACUCAAUUCAGAACCAUAAAAAUGCCUUGGCAGAAUUAAAGAAGUAUCUAAUGGAAAUGUUUUCAGCUGCCACUAAGCUCAGUGAUUUAGAUGCAUUUACCAGGAUUAAUAUCUGCAAAACAUGUGGCUGUAAUAUUAAUGUAUCUAUUCGUAACAUAAUUGAAAAAGGUCUAAAACCAACACUACAAGAUGUUGCUGCUAUAAUAUCGUCUUCGGCAAUAAAUGGAGAUCUCUUUGGGAAAUACCAGGCUGGGUAUUUUUUUGUGACGGAUAAUACGCUGUUUACCUCAGAGAAUUCCCCAUUUAGUUUGAUAGUUCAUAAUAUGAUACAAGCAGCAGUCGAAGAUUGUAUUGAAUCAAAAAGGUUAGAUUCACAAAUGUUCUUUGUUAACGAAAAAUUACAGCGAUUGCUUCAACCAGCGAUAAGUAAGAGAUGCCACAUUUACAACAGCUUAAUGCACGGAAGUUUAGGCAGAGCAUCACCAGAUACUUACGCUAUUAAAAUCAUUGAAAGUCUCUCAAAUUGUAGAUCUAGCAACGUGGGGUUGCAUCUUUAUGGUGACGGAUAUAAAUACAAUGGAAAAAAUUAUGUCGGUACUAAGGGCAAUGCGAUGAUAAUACUACGAAAAGGCCAGCUAAUACCACAUACAGGCCUAGUGAAACAUUUUAGAUGGUUAUACAGAGGUCGCAAAAAGCCUUUCAAACAAGGCGUUCUCUUUUUACGUAAUACAAUAACCUACAUUGCUGAGGGCUUUUAG